UAACAGUAAGCCUACUUUCCAAAUGCCCAAAAGAUAAAAGACGGAGUGACCCAAACAAAUCAGAAAUUGGCCCAAAAAAACUAGACAAACCAGAGUCUUUAGCUUCUUAAACACGCUACUCUCCAUUUUCACUCUCUCGCUCCGUUCCAUUUCUAUCUCCGAAGCUUCUUGUUUCUAUUUUUCCUUCAUUUUUGUUUGUUUCGCAUUUUCCAGGUUUUGUUCUUAUGCAAUAAUUAUCCUGUAUAACAAAUGCAGGUGUUUUUAGGUCUUUUUGAAAGUUGAGAAUGAAGAUUCUUCGACUACAAUCGAUGGAGGGGCCAAAAAGGAAACACAUUUUUGGCAUUUGUUAUGUUUCUUAUUUGAUGAUUGCCCUGAUGUGUGUUUUUCUAGGGUUAUAAUUUAUUAAGCUUAUUUUCUUAUGGUUUGAUUUUCAAGGAAAAAUCAAAACUUUCUUAGGAAGAAAGUUGUCAUUUUUCUCAUUAUUCUUAAUAUUUUUUAUUGGUUUAAGUUGAAAUUAAUGGGUUUCUUUUUUCUUCAAAGAAAUGUAGUUCAAUUUAAUUUUUGUGAUUACAAUUGCAAUUAAUUUAGUAAGAUUCUGCUGAUAUUGCAAGCAAACAAAUGACAAUUAGGCAGUAAAAUUAACUGCUUAUUCCGAUAUCUUUUCAAUGAAGUCCUCAAAUACUGGUUUAAUUUUCAAAUAAAGAUUGAUACUUUCCAUUGAUAUUCCUCUUUUUGUUUUUCCAGAUGGGGAGAGUGGCUGCGUUUACUUAACUGUUAAGAAAGGGGCGCAUCAAUUAAGGAAUUGAUAUUGCCUUAUCUAUCAGCUUCAAAUGUUCAUAUUAAGGUAACUUUACUACCUACAAGAGUAAGGUGUAGGAACAGUCCUGAAUUUGGAGCAAUCGAUUCUUUAAUGCAAAGAUAGAAGGCUAAGCAAUGGAGUCUACAUCUGAGGAAACGAAGGAGCCCAGCCAACCAAAUCAGGGAACCUUACUGCAGUCAGCUUUUAUGGAUUCUAUAGCAUUGCAAGAACAAUUUUUUGAACGGUCUCUGCCGAGCCAACAGCUGUGGUCCCAACAGCUUGCUGAUGCACAGGAGGCAAGGAUAAAAGCAGCCGUUCAGAAGACCACAGAAUGUGCGGCCGAAGUUGGUGAAAUUUUUAAAGGGGAAAACAAUUUUGCAUCAGAAGUGAAAACACAUGAAUUUAACUCAGAAAGGGGCAAUAAGGAAUGGAAGGCUCAAUUACAGCCUCCAUCUCAGCAAUUUUCAAGAUCAAAAUCUAGAUCUAAUCUCUUCCAAUAUCCAGAAGUUUACAAGAAACAUAGGAAGUAUUCACCGGGAGAUCAUGUCAGCAAGUGGGAUGUUCGAAAUUUCAACUCUUACACCCGUUUUGAUCAUUACAAGGACCACCAUAGAUCACAUCGCAGAGAGAAUGCAUGUGAUAGUGAGGAUAGGAGAUUGCAUACAGGCAGAAGCCUGAGAAGAAGCUGGAACAGGGAAAGGAGAUCUCCAUCUAAAUCAGAGCCUCGGAGGUACUGCCAGCCUUGGAGGUAUUGCCGUGAGGAGUCUCAUUCCUCGAGGUCUGGGAGGUUUUGGAUGCCAGUCUAUUGAUAGUAGAAGCAGAAAUUAUCAU